UUGUUUUGGUAGAAGCAUGCUUUAUAAAUCAAUUUUCUAAUGUCAUCCAGAUUGUAUUUUUUCGAUUAUCUGUGAACUCUUUUCUGUUUGUCAAAGUUGGCGAAAGGUAGGCCGUCAAGAUGUUGAUGCCAAAAACAAACCGUGUCGCGAUCUAUGAAUAUUUAUUCAAAGAGGGUGUUAUGGUAGCCAAGAAGGACUACCAUGCCCCUAAACACCCUGAUCUGGAGAAAAUCCCUAAUCUGCAAGUAAUCAAGGCAAUGCAGUCCCUCAAAUCCAGAGGUUAUGUGAAGGAACAGUUUGCGUGGAGGCACUUCUAUUGGUACCUCACAAAUGAGGGUAUUGAGUACCUGCGGAUAUUCCUGCACCUGCCCCCUGAGAUCGUGCCCGCCACGCUGAAGCGCUCGGUUCGCACGGAGACGGUGCGGCGCGGCGCCGUCGGGCGGCCAGACGCGCCGGCGCGUGCCGCCGAGGACCGCUCGGCCUACCGCCGCGCGCCGCCCGCAGCCGGCGCCGCCCACGACAAAAAAGCUGACGUGGGCCCUGGCUCCGCUGAUGUCGAAUUCCGAGGAGGAUUUGGCAGAGGCAGGCCUGCACCUUAAAUAAGUUUAAAUAAAAAAAAUCCAAUUUA